AUGUUUCCUAAGUGUCCUUCCUUUUCCUUGCACCCCUCCCCACUAAAGAAGCCACUUGGUAACACUGAACUGGCCUCCACAAAGAUCCAGGCCUGGUGGCGAGGCACUCUGGUGCGACGCACACUACUGCAUGCAGCUCUCAGAGCUUUGAUCAUCCAGUGCUGGUGGAGGCAGGUGCUGGCAAAGCUGCUAGCGAAGAGGAGGUGGGCGGCGUUGGAGCUCUGCACACGGCAGCAAUGGGCAGCAGUCAGGCUGCAGUCCUGGGUCCGCAUGUGGCGUGUCCGCCGGCGUUACUGUCGUUUGCUCAACGCUGUCCGCAUCAUCCAGGUCUAUUGGCGCUGGCGAAGUUGUAAUCCCCGUGGCUUUAUCCAGGGCAGCUACGAGCUCACAGCAAGUCAGCUGAGUCUUAAGCUUGAUAUCUUCCAGGGAUCACAGAUUUGCCGAAUUACAGACUGCAUCCCCUUCCCAAUAAAGAACUGA